AUGCAAGCAGUGGCAGGCAUAGAGACCCGGGAAACAUCUGUGUCUGACCGUUCCUCUGCUUUAGACAGCCUAACUGGGCCGUGUCCCUCAGAGUGUUCCCAGCGCUGCCAGGGAGUCUCUGAAGGCAGCGGUGGAUCUCCGAGCUGCAAGUGUGCCCAGCUGGAAGAACUCUCCAAACAAGUAGCUCUGUCACAAGAGGAGCUCAACAGGCAGCGCAGCCUCUGGAAACGUGAGCGGGAGAUCGAUCCGUGGUAUCGCGCGCUGUCCCAAGCUGAGCGACAGCCCUGCCUCGGGGCUUUACAAGGGGAAGUCCUUGGGUCGAGGGAAGAACCUUCCCCUGAAGUGCCCCUGCGUAAUAGAUUCAGUGCUCUUGGGGCGGAGGAUGAAGACCGCACGAGUAAGAGACAGGAUCCAGGAGAAGCCGACCACACAGAGCUGAUCCACCCAUCCAGCCGCACGAGAACCCCUGCCACCAGAAAAGCACAUCAAGUACGACUCACCACCCCGGCCUUCGCCGGGACCACCACCGCAGCGGUUCCAGCUGUGCGGCACAGCCAGGGCCCGCGCAUCAGCCAGGCUGCCGUCCAGGCUGGGAGCGCCUGCGCGGCGCGGCAGGCGUCGGGAAUGAAGCAGCAGCCCUUGGAGCAGAGUGCUUGCAGCAACACAGUUGAGCCGACAGCUGCACGAAUGGCCUUCCCAUGUUUCGACGAACCAGCCUUCCAAGCCAGGUUUUCAAUUAAGGUGAGGAGGGAACCAAAGCACCUCGCACUGUCCAAUACCCCAGUUGUGAAGUCUGUGAAUAUAAUGCCCCGGCUUGUUAAGGACCAUUUUGAUACCACCGUCAAGAUGACUACGUACCUUGUGGCCUUUAUUGUUUCAGAUUUUAAAUCCAUCAGCAAAAUAACCGGUCAUGGAGCUAAGAUUUCCAUGUCCACGGUGCCAGACAAGAUCAACCAAGCUGACUAUGCGUUGGAUGCGGCAGUGAAACUUUUAGACUUGUACGAGGAUUACUUCAGCAUUCCAUAUCCUCUACCUAAGCAAGAUAAGUCAGCUAUUCCUGACUGUCGGUCUGGUGCUAUGGAAAACUGGGGAUGGCCCACAUACCAGGAAUCUGUGUUGUUGUACAACCCUGAAAAGUCCUCAGCAUCUUCUAAACUUUGGAUUAGUAGUAUGGUAAUAGCCCAUGAGCUGGUUCGUCAGGGGUUUGGCAACCUCGUUACCACGGAGCGGUGGCAUGAUCUGUGGUUAAAUGUAGGGUUUGCAAAGUUUAUGGAGUUCGUGUCAGUCAGCAUUACCCAUUGAGAACUGAGAGUUGAAGACUAUUUCUUAAGGAGAUGUUUUUAUGCCAUGGCAGUGGAUGCAUUAAAUUCCUCACAACCUCUGUCUACUCCUGUGGAAGGUCCAGCUCAAAUUUUAGAGAUGUUUGAUAAUGUUUCUUAUGAGAAGGGAUCUUGUAUAUUAAAUAUGCUGAGGGACUACCUGACUGCUGAUGUGUUUAAAGCUGGACUUGUGCAGUACCUGCAGAAAUACAGCUAUUGAAAUACAAAAAAUGAAGAUCUGUGGAACAGCAUGAUGAAUAUUUGCCCUACAGGAGGUACUAACAAAAAUGAACCACAAGGUGAUGGCUGUUGCAGAAGAAGCCAACAGUCAUCUUCAUAUGCACACUGGACUAAAGGAGAAACUCUUGAUGUGAGGGCAACGAUGGGCACUUGGACACUGCAGAAAGGUUUUCCCCUGCUAACUCUCACAGUGAGAGGGAAGAAUGUCCACCUGCAGCAAGAGUACUACGUGACAGGGGUAGAUUCUCCUUCAUCCACAGGGUACCUGUGGCACAUUCCACUAACCUCCACUACCAGUAAAUCUGACACUGUUCAGAGAUUUUUGAUGACAACUAAAGCAGACGUUAUUAUCCUUCCGGAAGAGGUGGAGUGGGUUAAAUUCAGGGGGGACAUGAAUGGAAUGGUGCACUAUGAAGAUGAUGGGUGGGAUCAUCUGAUCAACCUUUUGAAAGAGAACUAUACAGUGAUUAGCAGCAAAGACAGAGCAAGUCUCAUUAACAGUGUAUCCAGGUCGUCAGUUUCCAAAGCUUUUGAUUUAACUUUAUAUCUGAAACAUGAAAGACAAAUCGUGCCUGUACUCCAAGGUAUGAAUGAACUAAUUGCUAUAUACAGGCUCAUGGAGAGGAGGGAUAUGGAUGGUACAGAAAAACAGUUAAAGGAGUAUAUAGUCAGUCUGUUUAAAUACCUGAUUGACAAGCAGUCUUAGCGUGAUGAAGGCUCAGUGUCUGAGAGAUUGCUUAGGCACUCGCUCCUGCUGUUGUGCGUGCACAGGUACCAGCCAUGCGUGGACAAAGCCAAAGGGUAUUUUACAGAAUGGCAGAAAUCCAAUGGAACCUUGAGUUUGCCAGCAGACGUGAAGACAACAGUGUAUGCUGUUGGAGCACAAACAUCCGAAGGCCGGGAUUUCCUCCUUAGUAGAUACAGAAUGCACUCUUUCAGUGUGGAGAGAGAAAACAUGAAAUUAGCUCUCAACCUCAGCAGAAGUAAGGACAAACUUCAGUGGUUAAUGGAUCAAGGUCUGCGUGGUGACAUCAUAAGAACUCAGGAUCUUCCAUUAUUAUGUUAUUUGACAGUGUUCAAAUUCCGUAGCAAGAAUUGUCAGGGGAGUGACAAGCCAGUACUCAACAAGGUCACAGCUUGCACAGGUCUGACCUGUCUCAGUUUCCUCACUGAUAUGCUGAAGCAGCCAGAAACUUUAACAAAGACUUGGGAAAAAUGCAUAAUCUGGAACUACUCGUAA